AUGGCAUCUGUAGAAUCUGUGGAAAACAACUUUGAUGCUGCAGUAUCAAAAUUUGGCCGCAUCUCCAUGAAAAUGCCUUGGUCGUCAAUCAGCUCAGGAAUGUGUAGGGAAUUGGAUGUGAAGUUUCUCAAAGGACGCCUGAAAUCGGUUACGGUAGCAUUGCGUAGCGCUGUCAGCUUGGUGGUGUCGCAUUUCUUUCAUCAGUUCCCGAACAUUUCUGCGUUUCGUUACUUUCUCUGCAAAUACGAGUUGUCGGAAUUGUUCCGCUACAUUGUGGCUAAUAGGCAGAGCGCACUAAGUGAUCGUUGCCGACAUUCUUUCACAAAAGCAAUGUCUGGAUAUGAUGAAUCUGACGACUCCCGAUCUUCACAAAGCAGUGAUAACAUCGGUUUUUUGUGUGCUGGUGAGGAAACUAUGAGCACCCCAGUGUUCGCCUCGAAGUUCAAGAAAUCGUGUUACUCUUCAACAAGACGACUUGUUGGCUCAUUCGCACAUGGAAUGGUGCUACGCCAGAGAGUUGGCCCGUUGAGCACAAGCGGCUUGAAGGACGGACAGCAGCAGCUAAUAAAAAACGAACUAUCUAUCGUCACGUCAGAGACCCAGUCACCGUCGUUUACUCGCCGCGAGUCGCGUUCAUCGCCAGCGUCACCACGCCAGCAAAUGGCAGAUGGUUUAUCGCCCGCCGACGAAUGCGUCGGUCGCGCGGCGACGCCUUCACAACAAGAGGGUGGUGGUAUGUGUUUGCGGAGCUCUAGGUAUGCGCUACGAAGACGUCGCUCUAUCCAACAAAAAGAUGAAGAAGGAUGUGCUACAAGUAGUCUAGCAGCAACUGCUGACGAGACCGUACAGCCAUGCAAGAGAUUCAAGCCUGAAUCACCCGGAGAAGCACGAAAAAAUAGUAUAGCGACAGAUCACCUAGAGCCGCCCCCCAAUGGAGCCUGCUAUGUUGAUCGUUUACCAGAUGAAAUUGUCUUGAAGAUUUUCUCAAAUCUGUACGAAGCAGACUUGGCUCGCUGCGCUGGUGUUUCGGGAAGGUUUUAUCGGAUAUCAAAUGACGCCAAUCUUUGGAAAACGCUGUAUCAAGGUGCCUUCGAGUAUGCUGUGCCUUUAUAUCAUCCCACACAUGGAAAAUUUGAAUUACGCGAACCGCAUAGAUGGCGAGAUACACUUAAUCCAUGGAAAGAAAGUUUCCGACAGCUUCGUCAUGGUGUGCAUGUUAGGCCAAGAUGCGCUCAGAUAUAUGAGGAUCACGUUGGGCGAAGUAUUCCGCAUUUUGAAACGCUGACGCAGGCGCUUCAGUUUCUCGAUGCUGAACCAGAACGUGAGAAGCUAAUUCUCUUGCAUACUGGUCACUAUUUCCCGGAACCGAUCCUCAUCAGCUCUUCAGUGCAAGUCAUCGGUGCAAGCUCUCAGUGUCCCAUCAACAAGGCAGUCGUGAUAGAGCAGCGUGAUGAUACGACUGUGACUCUAGUAGAAGGCUCAACUGGCGCUUAUAUAGGUUAUCUGACGCUGAGAUUCAACCCUGACAAGGCACCUUCAGCUGUACCACAUCAGCAACACUACGCCCUUCAGGUGACAGAAGAAGCUUCGCCAGUGAUUGAUCGCUGCCACAUCAAUUCGACAUCCUCUGUUGGAGCAGCUGUUUGUGUGAAACGUACUGCGGCAAAUCCUAAGGUGAGGCACUGUACAAUCACUGAUUGCGAGAAUGUUGGGAUCUAUAUCACUGAUGGUGCACAGGGCCAGUUCGAAGACUGCGAAAUUGCUAGAAAUUCGUUAGCAGGUGUAUGGGUAAAGAACCAGGCCAAUCCGUUCUUCAGACGAUGUCACAUUCAUCAUGGUAAAGAUGUGGGCGUGUUCACCUUUGAAUAUGGGAUGGGCUACUUCGAAAAAUGUAACAUCCAUUCGAACCGAAUUUCUGGAAUUGAAGUCAAGAAUAAUGCGAAUCCCACAGUAGUACGUUGUGAGGUUCACCAUGGUCUCACAGGUGGUAUCUACAUCCACGAAAAAGGUCGCGGACGUUUCAUGGAAAACCGCAUAUAUUCAAAUGCCUUUGCCGGGAUUUGGAUCACUGGUAGCUCUGAUCCAACAAUUCGUAAGAAUGAGAUCUAUGCUGGGCAACAAGGAGGAGUGUACAUCUUCGGCGAUGGAAGGGGACUGAUUGAGCAAAACAACAUAUAUGGCAAUGCGCUCGCGGGGAUCCAGAUCCGAACUUGCAGUGAUCCAAUUGUUCGUCUCAACAAGAUCCACGACGGUCUACAUGGUGGAAUUUAUGUGCACGAGAAAGGAAAAGGAUUAAUAGAAGAGAAUGAAGUUUAUGGUAACACUCUUGCGGGUAUUUGGGUUACAACUGGAUCUUCACCCAUUCUAAGGAAAAACCGGAUACAUUCCGGGAAGCAGGUUGGAGUGUAUUUCUAUGAUAAUGGACAUGGACUACUGGAAGAAAACGACAUAUUCAAUCAUCUCUAUUCCGGUGUUCAAAUCAGAACGGGGUCGAAUCCAAAGAUAACGAGAAAUCGGAUUUGGGGUGGCCAGAACGGUGGUGUACUAGUUUAUAACGGUGGUUUGGGCAUGCUGGAAGAUAACGAAAUUUUCGAUAAUGCUAUGGCUGGGGUUUGGAUCAAGACAGACAGUCAUCCUACGCUUCGAAGAAACAAAAUUUAUGACGGUCGUGAUGGUGGCGUUUGCAUCUUCAAUAAUGGGAGGGGACUUCUCGAGGACAACGAUAUAUAUCGCAACGCUCAAGCUGGUGUAUUAAUUUCAACAGAGUCUAACCCAACUCUCAGACGUAAUCGCAUUUUCGAAGGAAAAGCAGCCGGAGUUGAGAUCACCAACGGUGCCUCUGCAACGUUAGAGGCAAACCAGCUAUUUCACAACAAGUUUGGAGGUCUCUGUCUUGCCACCGAUGUCAAACCUGUGUUGCGAGAUAACAAAAUCUAUGACAAUCACAAUGCUGUAGAGAGAGCUGUUGGCCGAGGACAGUGUCUGUUCAAAAUCAGCAGUUGUACAUCAUUCCCUAUGCAUGAUUUCUACAGAUGUGUAAGCUGCAAUACAACCGAUCGCAAUGCUAUCUGCAUCAACUGCAUCAAGAAUUGUCAUCGCGGACAUACAGUCGAGUUCGUCAGACAUGACAGGUUCUUCUGUGAUUGCGGAGCAGGUACACUCGAGCAUCAGUGCCGCUUGCAAACAGAAGUUCGCGACAAUGACACUGUCUACGACUCGGCCACUCCAACUGGAUCAGAUACGCCGAACAUGUUGUGAUGGCUGCUGUUCGUUCUCUUUACCCCUGAAACUACAUCAUCGCUGCCCAGAACGUCGUCUUUCAUCGCUACGAUCUCUUCGUAAUAUAUCUAUGUCCGAUUUCCUUCUCCGGCUCCAGCUAAGGAAAUCGUCUCAUUUACCUUUGUAAUCGUUUGUAUGAAAUGCAUAAUAUUGAUUCUCGAUGUCUGUGAUAGACGCGCAGUUCGACUUGAGCCAAUGCCUAUACAUCAAGUCUCUUUUCCCUCAAAUGUGAUCAUCCGAGUGUGGUCUUCCUCUCUUUCGCUAUCUCUCGGUGGAUACUUAUUCUUGUUAUCGCACCAGCUCUGCGAUAUGGUAAGCCAUAGCCACUUCAAAGGCAGCUUCCCUGCAAAAUGAUGAGCCUACAAAAAAGCGAAAAACCGGAGAUUAAACUUCUGCCGGGACACUGCCUUUAGGGUGAGUUAAUUGACUUUGCACAGGUUCUACCCCAUCUUUCACUCAAUUAUGCGUUGUGCUUAUCAGCCGUCCGAUUCUACUACUAGCUCUUUCAUCUGUUGUUUUCUUCCAGUUCAUCCGUUAGCGCCGCUUUGUCAGUCCGACUUUGUAGUUCUUCUCUCAUCCACACUUCGUGUGCAAAUAGUUAUGUUCUAGGAAUGUCUGUUGUUCUAGGUAUUACCAGUGCUUUUUUGGUGCACGCUUUCAUGUGUUCAUGCUCUUCAGAUGCUUUUACUCUAUAGAAUUCCGUUUGUCCUCUUUUUCUUACGCAUAGGCGCGCGUCUCAUGGAAGUCCUGAAAUAUAUUCUUGUACUAUCAAACCUUACUCUCUUCCUUUAUGAGUCUGCAUACUGCCUUUUGUUUCGUUUGUCUACUUGUUUUCUUCAUCUACUGUAAUCAUAUAGUUUUUCUAGUGGAUCGGUCACCUUUAGUCUUGAGGAAUACGUGCAUCGCAAAUAUGUGAUUCCUUUUUAUUGUUAAUCAUUUACAUGUUUUUGAUGAUCGUUGCGAAUAACAGCGUUCUGGAUUUCUAACGGAAAUUGUCUGCUUGUAAUAGUAAUAAAAAUGAGAUGUCUUUCGUA